GAGAGAGAGAGAGAGAGAGAGAGAGAGAGAGAAAAGGGGAGGGAGUGAGAGAGAAACUCAUAGCUAUCCUCUUUGCUGUCAAAAGAGACUGAUGAACGUACACAAAUCCCUCUACUCUUUUUCCUCCAUCUAUCAGUCUGUUUGGACCAGCACUCCCAUCUAUCUGUCUGUUUGGACCAGCACUCCCAUCUAUCUGUCUGUUUGGACCAGCACUCCAUCUAUCUGUCUGUUUGGACCAGCACUCCCAUCUAUCUGUCUGUUUGGACCAGCACUCCCAUCUAUCUGUCUGUUUGGAACAGCACUCCAUCUCUCUGUCUGUCUGCCAGUCUGCCAGCACGACAUUAGAGUGGGUGCAUUCGCAUGAUCAUUCCUAAGAGCAGAAGACCAGAAAUCUCCUCGGCCAACCAGAACCUUAGGUCCUCAUCCAGCCCAGCGCCCUGAUAGGCUACCGGUGGAAGAAGUGGAAUUCCCAGUUUGGCAUUCCCAAUUUUCCUGUCCUCUACCAGGUGGUGUGUGAUAUUCCCUAGCCCAACGGCCUGAGAGAGGGUCUGUCUUGGAUACCACAGGCCUUCUGGGUACUCCUCUCCUCUCCAUUACCAUGGCUACCAACAGGGAACGGCAGGUGGGUCAGGUGGGUCACAUGACAGGGUUCCCACCUGCUGUCUACCCAUUUGCCUUCAACUCCAUGCGGAACCACUCCUCCUUUGACCUGCUGGCCAAUAGCAGCCUGUUUGGGAGAUUCAGCACUGACCUCCCUAAAGAGAUGGCUGCACUGUCGGUGGAGACCCAGAGCACCAGCUCAGAGGAGAUGGUCCCCAGCUCUCCCUCUCCACCUCCCCCGCCACGCAUCUACAAGCCCUGCUUCGUGUGCCAGGACAAGUCCUCCGGCUAUCACUACGGUGUCAGCUCCUGUGAGGGCUGCAAGGGCUUCUUCCGGCGCAGCAUCCAGAAGAACAUGGUGUACACCUGUCACCGGGACAAGAACUGCCAGAUCAACAAGGUCACCAGGAACCGCUGCCAGUACUGCCGGCUGCAGAAGUGCUUCGAGGUCGGCAUGUCCAAGGAAGGUGAGAGACCAGUGCGCAACGACAGGAACAAGAAGAAGAAGGACGUGAAGGAGGAGUUGGUGCCGCCGGAGAGCUAUGAGCUGAGUGGAGAACUGGAGGAGCUGGUUAACAAAGUCAGCAAGGCCCACCAAGACACCUUCCCCUCACUGCUGCAGCUGGGCAAAUACCACACUAACUCCAGUGCAGAGCAGCGCGUGCAGCUGGACCUGGGGCUGUGGGAUAAGUUCAGUGAGCUCUCCACCAAGUGCAUCAUCAAGAUCGUGGAGUUUGCCAAGCGCCUCCCCGGCUUCACCACCCUCACCAUCGCUGACCAGAUCACCCUCCUCAAGUCAGCCUGCCUGGACAUCCUGAUGUUGAGGAUCUGCACGCGCUACACCCCAGAGCAGGACACCAUGACUUUCUCCGACGGGCUGACCCUGAACCGGACCCAGAUGCACAACGCAGGCUUCGGCCCGCUCACAGACCUGGUGUUUGCCUUCGCUGGCCAGCUGCUGCCUCUGGAGAUGGACGACACAGAGACUGGCCUCCUCAGCGCCAUCUCCCUCAUUUCUGGAGACCGUAUGGACCUGGAGGAGCCCCAGAAGGUGGACAAGCUGCAGGAGCCCCUGCUGGAGGCCCUGAAGAUCUACGCCCGUCGCAGACGCCCCAACAAACCACACAUGUUUCCCCGCAUGCUGAUGAAGAUCACUGACCUCAGAGGCAUCAGCACCAAGGGGGCCGAGAGGGCCCUCACUCUGAAGAUGGAGAUCCCAGGCCCCAUGCCUCCUCUGAUCAGGGAGAUGUUAGAGAACCCAGAGGCCUUCGAGGACCAGACAGAGAGCAGUGGAGAGAGCUCCCCUCCGCCUGCCCCUCCACCCGCUCCACCAGCCUCCACCAAGCCCCCCGCCACCAUGAAGACUGAGGCCGAGGACGAGGAGGACAGCUGGGGGACAGAGAACGGCAGUGAGCCCUCCCCAGAGGAGGAAGAUGAGGAUGAUUAUGAUGAUGGGGAGGAAGAGGACAGGGGCUCAGACAGUGAGGGGGAAUCCUGGGCUCUGGAGAGUGGCAGCGAAGGGGAUAGGAAGAGCCGUGCCAGGAGGGCGCAGUGAGGAGGGGAGGCGAUCACACACAAAUACAGUCUGUGCACUCAAAUACACACACUAACUGACGUAAUCAUACGCACGCACGCACGCACACACACACACACACACACACACACACACACACACACACACACACACACACACACACACACACACACACACACACACACACACACACACACACACACACACACACACACACAUACACACACACACACACACACCCACCUUACCCCUUCCAAUGCUCGCUUUCCUCUGUAUCCUCUCCAUCUCCCUACUGCACAUCAGUCUCUCCAAGCAGGACAUGACAGGACAGCAGAGACUUACACCUAAUUGUACAGACACUAUAACUCAGGUUCUCUGACUCACAGGUUCCUGAUAAGUAACAUGCAGACACACAGAGAGACCUGCAGAGAUACUAUUAUAAAAGAGGGACGGAGAGACGACAUGAUGCAACCGGCUGGACUCGUGAGUCCUGAUAUAGAGAAGAGGGAAGAUGGCAACAAAAACAAAAAGCGGACUCUUUGACAACAAAAAAAAAUCAUCAAAUUCUUGACUAUCUUUUUGUUUGUAUCUACAUAGAGGAAUGGCCAAAACAGAAAGCAUGAACUGAACAAUAGACUAUUUCCAACGGAUGCAAAGCAAACCACGUUUCUCAAAAAGACAAAACACAGGAUGAAACCAAACUGAAUAUGCUAAUCGAUUUCUCUGCUGUUAUUUGCUUUUGAAUACUGUUCAAUUUGUUCUUGUUUUUUUCUUGACUUUUCUUUCUCUCUCAAUGUAUUAAUUAGUCCAUACAUAUCUAUAUAUACCAUUAUAUUUUGUGUGUUUGUAAUCCUGGUUUUGUAAAUGAUUUCUUUAGAUGAGGUUUUGUUUUUUGAGGAGUUUCCCAUGACUACGGAUAUCCAGAGAGAGAGACGAAUCAGAAUCCGAACUGGCAGACCUCGAACUGAAUCUUCUUUCCAACUGCGCCGCUGGUGUUUUUUGGGCAGUUUUGCGCGCCGUAGAUGUCAAUGAUAAUCAACUCAGUAAUGUUGUGUUACAGUGACUAAAGUUGUGGAUUUGUGUUGUUUAUCAGGGGACUAGCAUUCAUCUAUGUGCUUCCUUUCAACGCAACAAACAAUGCUGUCGAAUGGAUAGUGUCUCAGUGCCAAAGUUAGCAACUCAACACACACUGACAUGUAAAAGUACACACACACACACACACACAUACUAAACCUCAAACCUAUAACAAAUGUGCCAUUUUUGGCUUUGUUUGGUAGACAGAGAUUGACAGUUGGCCGUAGCACUUGGCUGUGGCACUUUGAUAUCUUGUUUUAUACAAUGCAUCUUUAUUGCCCAAUAUUGACAGUACAGUCAAUGGCAAUCUCAUCUUAUUCAGCAGUCAUGCAAUUAGCGAACACAACGGAAAUGUAGAGAACUAUCAUCAUCAAAUGCCUGUGAAACCCGAAGCACUAUUUAACAACGUGCACAAGCAAACACUCGCUGACACAUGAUCAACACACACGCAGACACACGCAAGUUCAAACCAGGAACUUUUAGUGGCAACGACAUGAAAACAGACUUCUCAGGGCUUCUCUGUUACUAAGGACCAAACCCUAGCGGCCGCCACGCUGUAGGGUGCGCUAGGAACAGGCAAUAUUUAUGUGUGUGUAUUUUUGACUCAAGUCAGUGGGAUCUGACCAGUAAACUCCUAGCUCGGUGUACAUAGAAGAUAGAUGACUGGUCUAACAAAUGGCGUGGAUGCCAGCCAGCCUGUUACCCUUUUCACACUAUCAUGCCAACCCAAACCAAACCAGUGCUGGCAGGGGUAUUCUAUUUUCACAUGGUCCUUUCCAGCACAGUUCCAGGAACUACGGUGGGUGCAGAGCCAGGCCAGCUCUGUCCGGCUCAGUUUGGCUCGGCUCACUGGUGUGAAAAGCAUCAUCUGUCUCAGACCUGGCAUCCGAGAAACCAACUGCCUUCUCAUCCGAAGCCAUGACAUCAUCAUGUCUUUGUAAUGUUGUAGGAUUGUACCCCCGCUCUCUCGUCUUCUUCAGUGAAGUGGCAGGCCCCAUGUGUCCUCCGGUCAUUUUCUUCUCUUGCCAACGUGUCUCAGUCAAUAUGUAACCAACGGUUCAUGAUGCAGCUGGCGACGUGUACAUUCCAGAGUUUUGUACACAGUAUCGCUACGAAGACACAGUCUAUGAACAGGAACGCAACAGACUCCUCCCAGCGGUAGAGAAAGAGGGCCUACUGUACAGUUCUCUCUGAAUGUGGCCCACCUGGUUGGUUUUUGAGUGUGUGUACAGGCUUUAACAUGUCUCCUCUGUCAUCGGGUGGAUGUUCUCUGUACGGCGCUGUGGCGUCACACAGGAGCGCUUGAGAAGCAGAGCCGGCGAGGUUUGAUGACCUCGUUUCCUCUCGGCCUGACCUGCCAGGCCUUCAUGAUGCAAACGUUGCGAUUAUGCUGUUUUGGUGCCUCUGUUCUCUGUAAAACAUGGCCAGGGUAUUGUCCAAUCUUCUGUUCAUACCAACUCUGUCAUACAACGAAAAAGCCAUAUGAACUGUAAGGCACAAUAAAUUACUUUUGUGAGAUUAAUAACAUA